UGUCUUCUUGGCACGUGCGCUCGACCAAAUUUGAGGAACGCACACCUCACCCAUCGCCGAUUCUUUCCUCGCAAAGACCCCAACAACAGCUCACUUGGCAACAAUCACUCCGGUUCUCAGCACUUCUCAGCUGAGGUGCUUCUCCAUCAUUCGAUCCUGGCUGCUCGAUUACAAGUUCUGCCGGCAGAGGAAUGUCGUGGAGCGGCCCUGUAGCCGGUGCUGCACCAUAUCAGGCGCCACCAUAUGCUAACGGCCAACCUAGCUAUGGCCAACAUCCACCUCACCAGUAUGGACAGCAGCCGCCCUACGGUCAGUACCAGCAUGGAUCGUCCUAUCCUGGGCCACCGCAACGACCACAAGACAAUAGGCCACCUAAAAAGAAGGGCAAUCCGAUAAUAACGCGUUACCCACCUCCUCCUGGGUACCGUGGGCCGGCGCAGCCUCAAGGUCCUUUCAAUGCUCAUCAGCACCCUGCUCAAUUUCAAUCACCAGCGCAGCCCGGCUUUCAACAGGCGCCUCCAGCGCAGCCCGCCUAUCCAGGUCAAGGAUAUGUUGUUGCGCCUCCUCAACAAGGAUAUCAUCCUCAAAGUUAUGGCCCUCCACAACCACCUAGCUAUCCGCCAUCAUACACUCAAGGACAAAACUACCAGUGGCCCCAGCAAGCGUAUCAACCAAAUCAGGCCCCUCCGCAGGCACCGGCCUACCCUGGCACUCAAGGCUAUGGCGCUCCACAGACCUCUUAUCAGCAAUAUGCGGCACAUACUGCAGCGGUAGACCCCAAUCAGCAAGCGUAUAGCCAGGCUCCGGGAUGGCCACCAGCACACGCUCAGGCGCCUUAUCCACCACAGAGCCAGUACAAUGCGUACAGCGGCCCAGCUACGAACGACCAGCCGAUGUUGGACCCUAAUGCAACACCGACGCCUACUACCGCCCAUCUGGUCUCCACUCCGCCGACAUCAUCUCAUCCACCGGCUAGCGCUCCGCAUGAUAAUGCGACAGGCAACAAGCCAGAGCUCUGUUUGGCAUGGGACGAUUGGGACUUUGAUUUCGACGGCGCCAUCUGGCCCAAGAGCAACGAGCCUGUAGACCCGAAUCUCAGCUUAGGUGUGAUUACCUGGCACCCCGCCAAACAGAUGACUCGCGCGUUGCCUGCGACGUUUGAGGAAGCCGAAGAGCAGUCUCUAAAGCCCACUCCUGAGAAGCUGGGCAACGGCGAGUCGGUGUCGAUCUAUUUCACGGCAGAUAAUUCACACGAAGCCUUCCUGGAUGUCAGACAAACUGACGAAUGGGAGUACAUCCAGGAUGAUCCUGCGUUCGUUGUUUUCGCUGACGAAGAAAUGCGACACAACCUGGUCCCUGUGGAAGAUUGUAUUGCUCAGCGAGAUCGGUCAGAUGAGCCUUUCGAGGUGAGUGUAAAGGUCGAAGAUGCAGAGAUGCACGAAGCGGACUGGAGUGUCAUGGACAACCUUGAACAAGCUUUGUCGGCUAGCGGGGAAGACUCUAAACCUACAGACUGGGUUCGUGAAUCAGAGUCUGCCAAACCGCAAACACAGGAAGACAUCCUUGCUUCGCUGGGAGUUACUGGUCUACCCAAGCCCGUAUCAGGAGAGCCUAUGACUUUCCCCAUGCCUGUACAAGAAAUCAAACCACCUGUGUCGCUGCCUGAGAAGCCUGAAACGUCUUUACAGUACACUAUGGCAUCUCGACCUCAGGCAGAGAUGCAGAGGAGCCAUUCGUUGGGUGGCCCUCGCGCCAUCAAUCCUCCCGCUGCACCGCAACGACCUUAUGGCUCGAUGUCCUCAUCGACUGUCGGUCGACCUCCGCCUCCAUCACCCCCUCCAGAACAUGACCGAUACGAUCCAUGGAACCCUAGCAACCGCCAGCAGCAGUACCAUGCCAAUGGCUUCAAUGGCGGGCGAGGCAGCCCUGCACGGUCCGAGGCUAGCAAUGGAACAGCAGCUGGAUCUGACUUCGGGACUGAGAAACCUACCGAGACCAGCGAGCAAGCUAUCAUACGGGAUUCGAAGUUCGAACGAAGCGACAGCUCUGUGUCCAGGAAGAGGAGCUAUGGUGAUACAGACGCCGACGACGACCGACUACGACAGCAUGACGAUCACACCAAGCGGAAGCGACGCUCGCAAGUUGAUGGCGCAUACGGCCGCCGUUAGGUUCGUCGGCACGCUGAUUCCGAUGUCAUCGCAGAUGCUUCGCCUACCCACCCGCCACUUCGACUCUCCUCUAACUGGACGAUGUACGUUCGCCGCCUGCUAAGGGAGCAUCGAAACACAUAA